CGAGCACAGAGUUUCUGCUCUUUGAAGACCAUGGACACCGAACGGAAGCUUUCAGUUCAAGACGAUGCGUCGGGCACUGACCAACAGUCAGCCAUUCUCAAUGACGGGGAACAAAUCAAAUCUUCACGCAAAGCGCAAUGGUGGCGCGUGCGGCCGACGGUGGAGCCCAUGGUGCUGCUGUUCAUGUUUUCCAACACGGCGGUGAGUUCGUUCGUCGGCGCGCUCUUCACGGAGCGCGUGUGCCGCAUGAAAGACACGACCGACUGCCCGGACGACAAGCGCGCUGAAGCCGUCACGCUGAUCAUGUACAAGACCAUCAUCGAGGCGCUGGUCCCCGCUUUCGUCGCAUUAUUCAUCGGCAGCUGGAGCGAUAAGUUCGGUCGCCGUCCCAUCUUCAUAUGGUCUUUCCUCGGCAACACCGUGGCGUACGCGGCGUGGGCGGCGCUGUCGGCGGUGCCGGACCUGCAGCCCGAGUGGCUGCUGCUGCCCUCCGUGGUGGCCUCCUUCAGCGGCGGCAUGAUGAACCUCAUGGGCGUGGCCAACAUCUACAUCGCGGACGUCGCCCCUGUCGACGACAAGGCAGUCCGGCUGGGCAUCCUGGACGUGUCGCAGUACACGGGCACGAUGCUGGGCUCGGGGCUGUCGGCGCCCAUCACGGCCGCUCUGCAGUACUACGGUGUGUACGCGAUGGCCGCCUGCUUCAUGCUGGCGUGUCUGCUCUACGCCGUCUUCCUGCUGCCGGAGACUGUGCCGCCGUACACCCCGCCCGAGGAUGUAUAUUAA